UGCAAUAGAUGGGGCUUGCCAUUCAAUCGAAUGUCAACGGCGUGGAGACAUGCGCGAUGGAGACUCAGGACAUGGUGAAGGGUAUUGCAGGUGUCAGCAACGAAGGGAUAUCGGCCGGAGCAACACCACGGACUGUGGAGUGGCCCUUGCGGGAAUUUGUGCGCAGGCUGCAGACUUGAGCACGGAUGGCGACACGAGCGAUGAUGGUGCAGAGUGUCUUGUUCCAUACGAGAAUGUUGAGAGGACGAGAGCAGGAGGACACUUCCCGUAUGACGUCAAUUGGGUGUCUGGCCGUCUUCAACCGGGUACCGUUGGAGGAACGCCGUGCUUUGCGUUCAAAGUGAAUGGGGAAUGGGUUUCAUAUCCCGCCCCCACAGAGGCGUCGUGGAGUGUCGACUGCGGAGAGUCAUGGGUGAUUGGCGGGUUGGACACUGCAGUGGGCUCGGUUUGUGCAGAGACUGAUGCCAGGAGGGAUCCACGGUGGGGUUGGGUGCCACAUGACGCCCCCCUUCUUUGUGGCCGUGUGAGGAUGCCCAUGCGUGACGCCAUGGGCAAUGUAUGGACCGUGUGUUACAUAAACGGCAGCUUCGUGUCCAGGCACCUGAACAGGGAGGUGACUGAAGAGGAGAAGAUGACGAUGGCUUGUCCCACCGCUGUUGCUCAUUGUUUUUCGCCACCUCUUCGAAACCCUGUGGAGCUCGAGGUGGCAGAGGGGAAAGUGUUCGCGGGUGAGCAGGGGUACUCAUACACGCAUGCCAGAGGGGAGGAAGCUACUGCUGAUGGAUUGUCCCCGCUGGUAUGGAACCUGUCCAACCUGAAGCCUGACGUUCUGGCUGCCAUAGACAUUACGGCCCAUGUCAUCCCUGAGGGGCAGUUGCAGCACCAUGUGGCUCCUCAGAAGUAUGGAUAUCGUGUGAAUUGGCUGCCAGGAUGUCUGCAUCCUGCAACAGUUGAUGGCAAGGUGACCAUGGCGGCCAAACUGCAGACAGGCCAUUGGCUGCCCUUGGGGUGGAUGCAUGCAAGCAUGGUGGAGCAGUGGCAGUUCUUGGUUGUAUUGGCACGUGUGUCCAUUUUCAAUGCAGAUGUGAAGGAGCACGUUCUGGUUGUGGAGCAUGCAAAGCGGUGCUGGGAGAAGAUAAGGGAGGAGGACCGUCAGAUGUUGUGCAUGGGUUACGACUCCAUGCCAGAGCAGGGGAUGUGUUCCAUGGUUGAGGGGAGUCCUGGUGGGCAAGGGCAGGGCGAUGGGGAGAACAUGUACAUGGCUCACAUCCGCCGCAGGCAUGGAUGCUCCGCCCAUUUUCAUGGAUAGUCAUGCAAAGUAGACUCUCAGAAUGAAGAGACAUGCUAACACGUGAUUGUUAACAGGUCAACCCUGAAGCCCAAAGACGUC